AUGGAUCACCAGGCUCCCCCGGAAAGAGAGGAGAGCCCGGAGACCAGGGACGAGCUGGUGAGCCCGGUCAGAACACAGAAAGAGGAGAACCUGGUGAACCUGGUGCUGAUGGAGCUCCUGGCAGAGCAGGAUUUCCUGGCACUGCUGGACGACCAGGAGGUAGAGGAGAAGCCGGACAGUCAGGAACCCCUGGUAGCCCAGGGUAGACCCGGAAGACCUGGUGACCGAGGAGAGCCUGGGAGGGACGGUAUUCCAAGCACACCUGGUGGACUUGGUGAACCUGGAGACCGGGGUAAAGAUGGCAGACCUGGCAGAAAUGGGUCCCCAGGUAGAGGAGGAUCCAGAGGCGGAACCGGACAAAGAGGGUUACCUGGUGAGACAGGUGAACCUGGUAAGAGUCUGCGAGGAGCACCUGGAGAACCGGGAACCACUCCUAAACUACCUCCUCUUAGGGGACGAGGUGGACUUCCGGGAGAUGACGGAACCCCCGGAUUAAACGGAGAGCCCGGAAGAUUAGGAACGCCAGGAGGCCCUGGUAUUGAUGGUAUUGCUGGCUUCCCUGGUACCCCAGGACUAAGAGGAGCACCCGGGAAGAGAGGAAGCAAUGGAAGACUCGGAAUCCCAGGAAACAGAGGAGCUCCCGGAGAUCUAGGAAUUAUGGGAGGUCCCGGAGGAGCUGGACUACCUGGCUCACCUGGAAGAGGUGGAGCACCAGGGGAACCUGGCCGCCCUGGAACCACUGGAUUCGCUUUACCUGGUCGACCAGGAGAACCUGGAAAUGAUGGGCUAUCCGGACAACCAGGACUCCCUGGUGCCCGGGGUAACCCUGGUGAAUUAGGAAUGAGAGGUGAUUAUAUAGUUGUAUGUUGUUCUUCUACAAUUCUACUGUUACUUUAUUAA